GCAGAGGUUGUGGAAGGAUGUCGAUUACCUGUCCUUCGCAAGAAUCAAGACAAUGAAGUGGAGUGGCCAUUGGCAGAAAUCCUGAGUGUUAAAGACCUGUCUGCAAAGAAGCUGUUCUAUGUUCACUACAUUGACUUUAAUAAGCGGCUAGAUGAGUGGGUUACUUAUGACCGUUUAGACUUGAAAAAAAUUCAAUUUCCAAAAAAAGAAGCAAAAACUCCAACAAAGAAUGGACUUUCUGGAUCAAGGCCUAGCUCGCCAGAGAGAGAAGUGAAACGGAAAGUAGAAAUAGUAUCGCCAGCCACUCCAGUUCCACCAGUGGUAGAAAACACUCAGGCCUCAGUCUUUCCGCAGAAUGGGGCAGCACGAAGGCCGAGUGCCCCUGCUGUACCUCCUGGUCGAAAAAGGAAAUCGAAUUGUCUGAGUGCCGAUGAGGACUCCCAGGACAGCUCAGAUGGAAUCCCUUCUGCCCCACGCAUGACGGGAAGCUUGGUGUCUGACCGUAGUCAUGAUGACAUUAUAACUCGCAUGAAGAACAUUGAAUGUAUUGAGCUAGGACGUCACCGCCUCAAGCCUUGGUACUUUUCCCCAUACCCCCAAGAGCUGACUGUGCUACCUGUCCUUUACCUAUGUGAAUUUUGCCUCAAGUAUGUCAAGAGUCUUAAGUGUCUGCAGAGACACCUGACUAAAUGUAACCUGAGACAUCCACCAGGGAAUGAAAUUUACAGGAAAGGGACCAUCUCCUUCUUUGAGAUAGAUGGACGUAAAAAUAAGAGUUAUUCUCAGAAUUUGUGCCUUUUGGCGAAAUGCUUCUUGGACCACAAAACAUUAUAUUAUGACACAGAUCCCUUCCUCUUUUAUAUUAUGACUGAAUAUGACUCAAAAGGCUUCCAUAUUGUUGGCUACUUCUCUAAGGAGAAGGAGUCUACAGAGGACUAUAAUGUGGCUUGUAUACUUACCCUGCCACCUUACCAAAGAAGAGGAUAUGGAAAACUGCUUAUAGAAUUCAGUUAUGAAUUGUCUAAAGUAGAGGGAAAGACAGGCACUCCAGAAAAGCCACUCUCAGAUUUGGGUCUUCUAUCUUACCGUAGCUACUGGUCUCAAACAAUCUUGGAAAUCCUCAUGGAACUGAAGACUGAGACUGGAGAGAGACCACAGAUCACUAUUAAUGAAAUUAGUGAGAUAACCAGUAUAAAGAAGGAAGAUGUUAUAUCUACACUGCAGUACCUAAAUCUCAUCAAUUAUUACAAGGGUCAGUACAUUCUUACACUUUCAGAAGACAUCGUGGAAGGUCACGAAAGAGCUAUGUUGAAGAGGGUUCUCAGGAUAGACUCCAAAUGUCUGCAUUUUACGCCGAAGGACUGGAGCAAAAGAGGGAAGUGGUAG